UACGUGGGCACUAUUAAAAAUUAAAAAAAAAAAUAUUUAAGUGCAAGAAAACGGGCGGGGACAAUAAGAAUAAAGGGGCAAAAAAUAAAAAAAAAAAAGUGGGGAAAGCGUGAUUAAAUAAAUUGUUAUCAAAAAUCUUUGAAUAAAAAAAAAAAAAAAUUACAGGAAAAAAAACGAGUGAAAAAAUUUAAUUUGAAAGUAUUUGGAAAAAAUUUAAAAAAAUAAAUAUUAGUGGUAUGUAAAAAACAAAAAAAAAAAAACAUUUGCAAUAAAAAAAAAUAAUUACAAAAAUUAAUAAUAUUAUAAAAGGCUGGGUUGUGUAUAUUUUUUUUGUUUUUUUUGAAAAUGGAUAUCGAUACGUGCUUAUGAUAUAGUCUCAACGCUUUUUAAAAAUAAAAAAUUCAAUUCAAUUUGACAUAUAUAAUUUAUAUAAAUAAUAAUUAAGUAAAAUAAUUUAUGUUUCACGCUUAAAAAGUGUUCUCAUAUGCAAAAAUAUAUAUAAAUAAAAAUUAAAAUACAUAUUUAUCAAAAUUUUGCAUUGUAUUAAAAUAAAUAAAAAAUAAAACAACAAAAAAGCUAAAUAGCACAGAAUAAAUUAGCCCCACAAGAAAAUAAAUUAAUUAAAUUUAGUUAGAAAAAAUAAUUAAAUUGUAAGAGGCACGAACGAGGCACAUAUACCUCAAAAAAAAAAAAAAAAAAAAAACAUAAAAAAAAAGUUUCAUUAGAUUUGUAUUGAUAUGAAAUUAGUGUGAUUGAUAAUUUAAAAAAAAUUGUAAAUGAAAAUAAUUUAAGAAGCCAUAAAGAAUUAAAUUAUUUGUGAAAAAAUUAAUUGCAAGUUUUAAAAGCAGUUUAAUUAAAUAAAUAAAUAAAUAAAUAAAUUAGUUACCCUGGCGUCUAAACGUAAAGAUAAAUUGGUCAAUGACCCAGGAAGACUUCGUCGUAGAGUCGAGUCUUCAUCUUUCGGUUAUAUUAAUAGAAUGUCAAUGCGUGAUCAAAGUUCAUCAUCCAUUAUUGAUUCUGUCGAUAAAUCGACAGUAAUAAUGGGUGAACAAGAUGAUGAUACACUGUCAAGUAUUGGUGAUGAUGAUAUAACUGAAGUACAUACACUACCAACACCACUUGCUGAAGGUUUAACAUUUUUACAAAAAGCAAAAUUUUAUACGUCAUUGUGUCUUGGCACGACAGCAAUAUUAGCUGUAUUUGGAUUUCUUUUUCUUAUUCCAUUUGUUGUUGAACCAGCAAUAUCAACAAUACUUGCUGAUUUUUCACCAAAUGCUGUUGCUUGUGUUGCAACUCAACAUAUUUAUGCUGAAGGAUUAAAAAAUUGCUCUUGGGCAAGUUGUCGAGAAGGAUGUACAAGUGCUGCAACAAGAUGUCAUCAAAUUCGUGUUAAUUAUUCAAAAUUAACGUAUGAUGAAUUUAUGACAAAACCACUUGGUUCUGUUCCUUGGGAUGUAGCUGACACAAAAUUUUUUAUUAAUACUGAAGGAUGUGGAUAUCCACCAAGAGUUAAUUGUUCAGAAUUUUCAAAAAAAUUUGGCUAUCGUAAUUUGGGAGUUAUUUUUCCAUGUUAUUUUAGUAGAACUUAUCCACAAACUGUCGUUUCAAGAUAUUCUUGGGAUGAUAAUUUACGGAAUUUAAUACUUGCAUUGGUAACACCAAUUGCACUAUUCAUCGUGUCACUUGCUGUACUUUGUUACUGGUAUUGUCCACCAAUGGGAAAGAGUUGUGGCAACCAAGGACGAAGCUUGAUCGAUAAAUACUCGACAAAGGAAGACAUUCUUGCGGAAGACGAAUUCGAAGAAGACGAGGAAGAGUACUGAUUGUUACCGCGGGCACACCCCCCCGCACGGGAGUGAUGCCAGAUGAUAAUACGUCUAAAAAUUCUAGUAUAUUUAAUGUUUCAAAUAUAAAUAAAUUAAUCGGCCAAUAUUAAUAAUAAUUAAACAAAUUAAAAAAAAAAUAAAAUAGCCAACUCAAAUUUAAAUUCAAAAUUUCAGUAAUAAAUUCAAAAUAAAAAAAAACAUGCUUAAUCUUUGCUAAUUUCGAUACAAUAGAAACUGAAAAAUUUAAUUGAAGUACAUUUAAAAAUAAUAAUAAUAAAUAAAAAUAAAUUUCAAUUAACGCAUAAUUGCAUUAAAAAUUAAACAACGAUUUUUUAAUAAAUUUUUUAUAAGUCUGUCGAGACACAUACGUAACCUGAACGCCCAAAUGUAAUUUGUGUCUUUGAGACCAAUAAUCGAUUAGUAAUUAAUACACUGAUUUGACUGUGUUAUCAGUCAAAAUAUAAAUGACAUAAUGAAAUUACACUAUAAACAAAUUACGCUAUUAAAAUGUUUGAUUUAAUAUCAGUAUUCUGCAAUAUAUAUUUCAACGUGAAAAUUAUUAUCAAUGAUUAAUUAAUUAAUAAUAAUUUAUGUAUAAGAUACCACAAGUAUGACUCUAAAUAUGUUAAAUAGACUCUUCCAAUUAAUGAUGUCCUCGUUAGUUAUUUAGGGGUUAAUUAAUUAAUUUAAAAUUAUUGAAAAAAAAAAAAAAACAAUUUUUUAUUCUACUGAUCCAAGGUGCUGUUGUAUCUUAGUAAUUGUAAAUCACAAAUUUUUCUCUAUCCUGCAUAACACAAUGAUGUUUGCGAUUAGAUAAAAAAUUAAUUAGAAAUAUAUAUUAAAUAGGGUAUAAGAAUUUUGCCUGUGAAUAAAUAUAAUUAAUGAUAAUUUAGACUGUAAAUUAAUGAUAGAAUAAAAAGAUGGCAAAAUAAUAGGAAUAAAUUUGAAGAUAAAUUGUUAAGAUUUUUGUACACGAACCGUAAUUGUUGAGAAAAAAAAAAGAAAAAAAAAAAAACGUUGUCAAUGUAGUUAUGUAAAUAUUGAAGUGAAUUUUUGUUUUGUUUUUUUAUUUGUUUUAUUAAUGAUUGUUUUUAAUUUUUCAUUAUUAACAUGAGACUCGUGAAAUGUAACUCCGUUUUUUUCAUAUCGAACUUCUUUUCAUGUAAUUUAUUGUUAAAUUAUAUUAUUGAUAAUUAUUUUGUUCAAUUAUUUUUCGGAGUUUUUGAAUUUUGAAGAUAUAAAAAGACAAUAUUAAGAAAGGAAGAUCGUUAUGAUUAGCACGGAAUACAUGACAGUGUCCAAAACAUCUAGAAUGGUUGUGAAAACUUAAAUUGGCUCUUUAUGACAAGGCCCACGUAUCGAUGGAAGAAAAAAAUAAAAAACAUUACAGUAGGAUAAAAAAAAAAGAAGAAUAAUAAACACGUUAGAUUUAAAAAAAAUUAAGACGCUUUUCGUAUAGUAUUUGGCAAAAUUUUAAAGCUUUUUUCCGUCCCUAAUUCUUGGCUACUUAUUAACUCUGAUAUAUUUAUAUUUAAUUUUAAUCAAACUAUUAUUACAUUAAUUUUAUAAAUUGUUUAAAUAAAUAAAAGCACACUUUUUAUUAUUUAAUAAGUACAUAUGUUUUUUUUUUUUUAAAUAUUUAUUAAUAUGUUAAAGAUAUUUUUGGGACUCUAUUUGUUGCUGACAAUCUGAUUAUUGUUAAAUUAUUAAUAUCAGUUUGUCAAUGUUAUCAACAGCCUAAUUAUAAAUAUUUUGAUAAUUUGUUUUGGAAUAAUUUGUCUAGUUGAUGUCGUGAUAUAAAAAUUAAAUUUAAAAAACAGGAUUGUAGCAAAAUAAAG